AUGGCUGCGAGGACAACAGCAGCGGCGGAUGUCCCCGCGCCUCCAGCAUGCCCCAUUGAGUACCCGAUCGUGUUUGCACGGCAGGGUGAGGAGGCGGGAGACGAGGUGGUGCCCGCCGUCGGUAUCUUCAGCGCGCUGCGGUGGCUACUGCCGGUGUUUCAGUUGGCGGGAUGGCUGCCGAAGCAGGUCAGCAGAGAGAAGGAUGAGGCCAAUGGGACACCGCGUGGCAGCGUGGGCGAGGAUGUCUCUGCGGAGGUGCGAGAGACGAGAAGACUUCUUCCACAUUUUGAGUCCUUCUUCACACGAGAGAGCAAAGUCAUCCCAAACGGCGCCCUGCUGUAUACGGUACAAACAUUCCGUUUUCCCACGCCACGGGGCCCACGCAGCAUCACACGUGCGCUUGUGGAGACCCCGGGAAAAUACUUUUCGCCUCUGCAGGAAGAAAAGGGAGGGGGGCACUUUCUUUGCUGCUACGAGGACAAGCAGCUUCUGCGCUGCUUCACGUACGUGCAGUUGGACCAACUGCGAUUUGCCUGGGUGGCUGUGAGGGAGCUGCUGGAGGAACAUAAGGCGGUGCAGCGAACAGAUGGAACCCUCACUGGACUUGCGCGACGUGACAUUAAAAAAAACAACACGAACAGCAACGAAAUGGCGAAUAGUGAGAAGGCGAACGGUGUUGGCGGCUCAACAACAGCAACAACGGCGAUGGGGGCGGAUGCGGGAUUAUCGACAGCUGCAACCGCUCCCGCCGUCCCACCGCCGUCCAUGGUGAGGAAACCGCACCCCAGCAGCAACGUCAUCGUAGGCCCUACUGCAGAGGCUCGCAAAACACGGGAGGAGUUACGAGAGAAGAAGUAUAUGAGUGAAUUGCUGAAAGAGGAGUGCGCCGCGCGGUGGCCACACACGCCUGUGCACAAGUCUGUUAUUUUUUUAGUGGAGGAGCAGCAGUUGGAGGCGACUGGCGGUCGCAAGGGCCGCAAAGGUCCUCGCAGUUACUUGGCGACGGUUGAACUUCCACUGCUCAACAAGAAGGGUGGUGUUGCGACGUUUAAGGGGCCUCAGUGGUGCACAGCACGAAGGGAUGCAGAAAAUGCAGCAGCUGAAGUAGCGCUGCGUGCCCUCCGCACGAUCAAGUCCUAA